GGGCGGGCGGCUGCCAAGCCGGCCAAUAGGCGGCUCUCCAGAGGCUGAGCCGAGAGGGCAGGGGCGCCGCCACCAGCACCGCUGCCUUCCAAGUUUCUCCUUGUGGGCGCGCUGCCCCGCGGCUCCGCUCCUCCUGGCGCAGAGGGGCCGGGAGAGGCCAGAGGAGCUGACUCGGGACGGGAUUUCCAAGGAACGGGGGAGGCCCGGCCCCCGACCCGCUCUGGGGUGGAGAGGGGCGUCGGCAAACGAUGAAGGGGCGGCGGCGGCGGCGCCGAGAGUACUGCAAGUUUGCGCUGCUGUUAGUGCUGUACACGCUGGUGCUGUUGCUCGUCCCCUCCGUACUGGACGGCGGCCGCGACGGGGACAAGGGCGCCGGGCACUGCCCCGGCCUGCAGCGCAGCCUGGGAGUGUGGAGCCUGGAGGCGGCGGCGGCCGGCGAACGCGAGCGGGGCACAGUGACGCGGCCAGCCGCUGAAGGGGGCGCGGGCCAGUACCCCCGGUCCCCGGGCAACCUCAGUGGCGCUGUCGGGGAGGCGGUGUCUCGCGAGAAGCAGCACAUCUACGUGCAUGCUACCUGGCGCACCGGCUCAUCCUUCCUGGGCGAGCUCUUUAACCAACACCCGGACGUCUUCUACUUGUACGAGCCCAUGUGGCAUCUAUGGCAGGCGCUGUAUCCGGGCGACGCCGAGAGCCUGCAGGGCGCGCUGCGCGACAUGCUGCGCUCGCUCUUCCGCUGCGACUUCUCUGUGCUUCGGCUGUAUGCGCCGCCGGGGGACCCUGCUGCGCGCACCCCGGACGCAGCCAAUCUCACCACGGCCACCCUCUUCCGCUGGCGAACCAACAAGGUCAUCUGCUCGCCGCCUCUGUGCCCCGGCGCCCCCCGUGCCCGCGCCGAGGUGGGCCUCGUCGAGGACACCGCCUGCGAGCGCAGCUGCCCACCCGUGGCGCUACGCGCCCUGGAGGCCGAGUGCCGCAAGUACCCGGUGGUGGUCAUCAAGGACGUGCGCCUACUGGACCUGGGCGUGCUGGUGCCCCUGCUGCGGGACCCGGGCCUCAACCUGAAGGUGGUGCAGCUUUUCCGCGACCCACGGGCUGUGCACAACUCGCGCCUCAAGUCUAGGCAGGGGUCGGCGCGCGAUGCCCGCGAGGCGGUGCACGCCUGGCGCGAGCGCCUGAGCCGAGAGCAGGUGCGCCAGGUGGAGGCCGCCUGCGCUCCAGCCAUGCGUCUGCUCGCCUACCCUCGCAGCGGAGAGGAGGGCGACGCGGAGCCGCCCGGGGACGGGGACACGCCGCUGGACACGGAGGCCGAAGGCGCCACGUAGUCCCCCACUCCUACCCCCGGGGCGGAUCCGGGUCAGUCACCAUGAACCAGGGCACUCAGCAUGCUGCCCCAGCACUGGAGAAGCAGCUCUGUGGAGGCAAUCUGUCACACUGUCAGAAACUGGGACUUGAUACCAACUGCUGUGCAAUUCUGCUGAGCAGGAAUAUCAUGAGCUGUUAAAUAAUGAUGGAUGCAUUGGUUGAGAUGAAGUUUCCAGUUAAGGAAGUGGCAGUGCAAUGUGGAUAUUUAUGGUCAUAAAACAGGAAGAACUUUAGUUUCCAGGCUGUACCUGCCUCUGCUGGAGCCAUUUCAACACGGUGUCCUCACAACAAAGAAGAGAUGCAGUUUGGUUACCAUUUCACAUCAGCAGGUGUCUGAACAAAAACAAUGUGAAUAAGAGCCAAGUGCAGUCCUGCCUAUCUUGAUUAAAUUACUUAAUAGUAAAUAAAAGGUCUGG